AUGACUGUAUGCUACGAUCACUCCUCCUCGAGGAGCCUUACUCCCACCUCAGUCGCCAGUCUUGAAGAUAGAUUCGAAGUCAUCAAAGAGGUUGGUGAUGGUAGCUUUGGCAGCGUGGCUGUCGCACGUGUACGGACAGCUGGCUCCAAUGUUGCACGAAGAGGAACCAUGGUGGCAAUCAAGACGAUGAAGAAGACAUUUGAAUCAUUGGGUCCUUGUCUGGAGCUGCGUGAGGUCAUCUUUCUGCGGACCCUUCCACCCCAUCCCCACCUUGUCCCGGCCCUCGACAUCUUCCUCGACCCGCUGUCGCGCAAAUUGCAUAUUUGCAUGGAGUACAUGGACGGCAACCUCUAUCAGCUAAUGAAGGCUCGUGAUCACAAACCCCUUGAUCAGAAGCAUGUCAAAAGCAUCCUUUUCCAAAUUCUCUCCGGUCUCGACCACAUCCACGCUCACCACUUCUUCCACCGCGACAUCAAACCGGAAAACAUCCUAGUUUCUACAUCCGCUCCCAGUGACUCCGCCUUCAGCCGUUACUCUAACCUUGUCACUCCGCCAUCCACUCCUCCCACUUACACUGUGAAGAUCGCCGACUUUGGACUCGCACGCGAGACCCAUUCGAAACUCCCCUAUACCACCUAUGUCUCGACAAGAUGGUAUCGCGCUCCCGAGGUCCUGCUACGUGCUGGCGAGUACUCUGCGCCGGUGGACAUGUGGGCCGUUGGUGCUAUGGCUGUUGAGAUUGCCACUCUCAAGCCCUUGUUCCCCGGAGGCAAUGAGGUAGACCAGGUGUGGCGCGUAUGUGAGAUCAUGGGCAGCCCCGGUAACUGGUACAGCAAGUCUGGGGCGAAGCUCGGAGGAGGUGAAUGGAGAGAGGGCUCUCGGUUGGCUCAGAAGCUAGGAUUCACUUUCCCGAAGAUGGCCCCUCACUCCAUGGAAAGCAUUCUUCAAGCACCUCAGUGGCCCGUGGCCUUGAGUCAAUUUGUUACCUGGUGCCUCAUGUGGGAUCCUAAGAACAGACCAACAUCCACCCAGGCUCUGAGCCAUGAGUACUUUGCCGAUGCCAUUGAUCCGUUGAGACCGAAGUCAUCGACUGCUCGCCUUCUGGGUCGGAAGCACUCCGAAAAGGUCCUGAAGAGUGCCACUCGGGAACCGAGCGACUCCUCGACUCUCACUUACAAGGCGUCUUGGUUCAGAAGGUCGUUGAUCGGACGCUCCGAGAGUCCGGUUCAGUCUACAGAGAAUGACCAUACCGCCAAGCCAAGCGUCACCUCAUAUCCUUCGGAAUUGCAACCGAGUAAGACCAGACCUCCGGUUAUCAAGCGGGCUACCUGGGCCAAUGGCGCUCCCAUGCCUAUUUUGCCAUCAAUCAGGCCCGUGUCUCCCUUGUCAAACGCAGUCACCGCGCAAGCAAAUGCAUCCCUGGCCCACUCUAGCGACAGCGUCGGGAAAGCGGCUAGCAAGAAGAUCGGCCGGCAGUUGUCAGUCAAUUCCAACGGCAAUCACUACGCUGAUAUCCAUCGGCAGGAGGCGGAGAGGGCUCUCAACGGUGGCAGCGCAGUCAUCACGCCGAAGGAGAGCUUCUUCUCCCAUCUGCGCAAACGUGCCCGUCGGUUGUCUGGACGCAACCAGGGAAAUGUGUCCGGGGACGAUGUUGAAUCGAACGCUGGUUGCAUGCCUUGGUCGAAUCGCUCCUCGCUUGCUUUGGACUCUGUUAAUGUUGGCGAGUCAAAGUCCACCUCCGACUUUGCAGAGCUUGACAAGGCUUUGCAAAGUGUGAGGCACUCCCUUGAUUCCAACAACCGCGGAAACGUCCCUGUACAAAUCACCACUCAUGUGGAUGGUGGCAAGCGGCAGUCCAUGCCUCAGGGUUCCAUCCGAGCAAUGGGCGACAGUCCGGUAUCAACAAGCGGUAAUGGAGCGCCAAUUUCCAGCCGGACCAGGCGUACAAUUCAGAUGUCCAACAACCCAAUUCACCGCUACGAAACUCCCGAGGAAGAAGAUGAGCUCCUGGACGAGGUGCUGCAUUCAGCCAGCAAAGCUGCUCGGCGACUGGCACAGGCUGAAGUUACUUCCGAUGGCUCGUCCCAUUACAGCCAUGCAGCUGGCGCAAAUGACAGUGGUCGCCCCUUGCCAAGCCCUUAUCCAACCCCAUCGCCUUCUGCCAACUGUGAAGGUGGUUUCUUCGGGCCAUCGGACGCGACUCCGUGUCGACGACUCCAUGCUCCUGAGGAUAAGACAGAAGCAAACUCAAACCGCCAAUGGCCCACCCCACCUUACGACGAAGCUGAAUGGACCAAGCCGGCUACCACCAAGUUCAUGACCGGAUCAGCGACUUACCGGUAG